CCGGCCGGGCCCGGCCCCUCUUGUCGGCGCAGGCGGAGAAGCGCGGCGGCACCGGCGCUGCCGCUUCCCACCCCUUUCCUGCUGCUUCCCCCGCCGCCGCCGGCUGUGCUCGGGCCUGGAUCGCCACGCCAAGGCCGCCGCGGGGGAGCCUGCAUCGACUGGGAUCAGCCGCUGGAAGCUCCGGUGUAAACAAAUCACAUUGAAUCAUGGCAGCAGACUCUAUGGAAAUUGAUGAUUCUUUGUAUAGUCGCCAGAGGUAUGUUCUUGGAGACACAGCAAUGCAGAAGAUGGCUCAGUCCCAUGUGUUCCUGAGUGGUAUAGGUGGCCUUGGUGUGGAGAUUGCCAAAAACAUAAUUCUGGCUGGGGUAAAGGCUCUUACAGUUCAUGACACCAAGCACUGCACAAAGUGGGAUUUGGGGAUCAACUUCUUCAUCCAUGAAGAUGAUGUUACGAGUCAAAAGAACAGGGCUGAGGCCACACUUCCUCGUAUUGCAGAACUCAAUCCAUAUGUCCAUGUAGCAGCAUCAACUGUGCCACUAGAUGAAACCACAGAUCUGUCUUUCCUAAAGCACUACCAGUGUGUCAUACUGACUGAAGUAAGUCUGUUGCUGCAGAAGAAGAUUAAUGACUUCUGUCAUGCUCAGCAGCCACCUAUUAAGUUCAUCAGUGCAGAUGUGUAUGGAGUAUGUUCACGUCUGUUUUGUGACUUUGGGGAUGAAUUUGAAGUGCUGGAUACAACAGGAGAGGAGCCAAAGGAGAUAUUCAUUUCAAAUAUAACACAGUCAAAUCCUGGUAUUGUCACUUGCCUUGAAAAUCAUCCACACAGGCUUGAAACAGGACAGUUCUUAACCUUUCGGGAAGUUAAUGGAAUGGCGUGCUUGAAUGGAUCCACACACCAAAUAACAGUGGUGUCACCUUAUUCCUUCAGCAUUGGUGACACAUCAGAGAUGGAGCCUUACCUGCACGGAGGCAUAGCUGUGCAAGUGAAGACGCCCAAGAUGUGUUACUUUGAACGGCUGGAGAAGCAGAUAACAAAUCCAUUAUGCCUUGUAGCAGAUUUUAGCAAGCCUGAGGCACCUUUGCAGAUCCAUGUUGCCAUGCUUGCCUUGAACCACUUCCAGGAGAACUUUGGUCGCAGACCAAACAUUGGAUGCCUUCAGGAUGCUGAGGAAAUGCUGAAAAUAGCCAUGUCUAUAAAUGAAACACUGGAAAACAAACCUCAGGUGAAUGGGGAUUUGGUGAAAUGGCUGUCUAGGACUGCUCAGGGAUUUCUGCCUCCUUUGGCUGCAGCAGUGGGUGGUGUUGCUAGUCAGGAAAUCCUGAAAGCUGUAACAGGAAAAUUUUCUCCAUUGCAGCAGUGGCUAUAUAUAGAUGUGUUAGACAUUGUAACACCUCUAGAGAAGGUGGGCUCUGAGGAGUUUCUCCCACGGGGAGAUAGAUACGAUGCCUUGAGGGCUUGUAUUGGAGACUCUCUGUGCCAGAAGCUCCAUGAUUUGAAUGUUUUCUUGGUUGGGUGUGGAGCGAUAGGCUGUGAAAUGCUGAAAAACUUUGCACUUCUUGGUGUUGGUACUGGGCAAGACAAAGGAUUGGUUACAAUUACAGAUCCAGAUUUGAUAGAGAAAUCCAACCUGAACAGGCAGUUUCUUUUUCGACCUCAUCACAUUCAGAAACCUAAGAGCUACACUGCAGCAGAAGCAACUCUGAACAUCAAUCCUUACAUAAAGAUUGAUUCAGAUAUUAAUAAAGUUUGUCCAGCCACUGAGAACACUUACAGUGAUGAAUUCUACACCAAGCAAGAUGUGAUUGUGACUGCUUUGGACAAUGUUGAAGCCAGGAGAUACAUUGACAGUCGUUGUGUAGCAAACCUGCGUCCUCUUAUAGACUCUGGAACUAUGGGAACAAAAGGACACACAGAAGUUAUUGUGCCCCAUCUGACAGAGUCCUACAAUAGUCAUCGAGAUCCACCAGAGGAAGAAAUACCUUUUUGCACCUUGAAGUCUUUCCCAGCUGCUAUUGAGCAUACGAUACAGUGGGCAAGAGAUAAGUUUGAAAGUUCAUUUUCUCACAAGCCUUCAUUGUUUAACAAGUUCUGGCAAACCUACCCAUCAGCAGAAGAAGUUUUACAGAGAAUAAAAUCAGGAGAGAGCUUAGAAGGCUGUUUUCAUGUUAUUAAAACUCUGAGUAGAAGACCCCGAAGUUGGACUCAAUGUGUCGAACUAGCAAGAGUAAAAUUUGAGAAGUAUUUUAGCCAUAAGGCUCUUCAGCUCCUUCAUUCAUUUCCCCUUGAUACACGAUUAAAAGAUGGAAGUUUGUUUUGGCAAUCACCAAAGAGGCCUCCUUUCCCAGUGAAGUUUGAAUUUAAUGAUCCUUUGCACUAUGGCUUCAUUGUGAGCGCAGCAAAACUCUUCGCAACAGUGUACUGUGUCCCUUUCACAGAAAAGGACUUGUCAGAGGAAACCAUUUUGGGGAUUAUUUCAUCUGUGAAGGUACCAGAGUUUAGACCUUCAAACAAAGUUGUACAGACUGAUGAAACUGCAAGAAAACCAGAUCAUAUUCCCGUCAGCAGUGAGGAUGAAAGAAAUGCUAUUUUCCAGCUGGAAAAGUCUAUACUGUCCAAUGAAGCUCUGGAAACUGACUUGCAAAUGAAGCCCAUCUCCUUUGAGAAAGAUGAUGAUAGUAAUGGGCACAUAGAUUUUGUAACAGCAGCAUCAAACCUGCGAGCCAAGAUGUACAACAUUGAGCCAGCAGAUCGGUUCAAAACAAAGCGCAUUGCUGGAAAGAUUAUUCCUGCCAUUGCAACUGCUACUGCUGCAGUAUCAGGGCUGGUUGCACUGGAACUCAUCAAAGUUGUGGGUGGCUACUCAGCUGAUGCAUAUAAGAACUGUUUUCUGAACCUAGCCAUUCCCAUAAUGGUCUUUACAGAAACUGCUGAAGUAAGAAGAACGGAAAUCAGGAAUGGGAUAUCAUUUACCAUCUGGGACAGGUGGACAAUUUAUGGGAAAGAGGAUUUUACUCUGUUGGACUUCAUAAAUGCUGUCAGAGAGAAAUAUGGAAUUGAACCAACUAUGGUUGUACAAGGAGUCAAAAUGCUCUAUGUUCCUGUGAUGCCAGGCCAUAUUAAAAGAUUAAAGUUGACGAUGCAAAAGCUUGUGAAACCAUCAGCUGAUAAGAAGUAUGUGGAUUUGACAGUAUCAUUUGCUCCAGAGACUGAUGGGGAGGAAGACUUGCCAGGGCCACCUGUAAGAUACUACUUUGUUCAGGAAGACAAUUGAUGGUAGAGACACAAAAGUCACUCAUGGACCAUUUGUUCUGGGAGUGUGCUAAUUUUCAGCUAUUAAAGAUGGUACUAUAUAUUUCUUUUUGGUGAAGCCUUAAUUAAAUGGUGAAUAUCAGUGGCUUUGCACUGAAGACAAA